GUUUGGCGAGCGCGUGCGUGGCUAUGACAGUAAUCAGCUGGUUCUUAGUGCGAACGGAUCAGGCCGUGUUCGCCUCGCAGUGCCUCCUCCUUAUUUCACGCUACUGUUAUCUACCUCCUACAGCGUCUUUCUAGGACCUCGGUUAUGGACCUGUGAGAUUCCAGCCAUCUGCUUUGGAGUUCAGUUCUCCUACAAGAUAACCCACUCACCGUAGUGUUGAAUUUCUGAAAGCCAAGAUGAUUGAGAGCCGUGAGUGGGAGUUUCGCGUUUCUUGUAAACUGCAGCCAGGCGAGCAGAUAUGUGUUGUAGGUAGCUGUGAUGCACUGGGCAACUGGGACUCACAGAAUGUGGUCCCCCUCUUUGCUGAGCAUCCUCUGCCAGAGGAAGAAGGCGAAGAACAAGUGUGGUCGGCCUCGGUUCAGAUCCCUCUGACUGAGGUAAAGUAUAGAUACUGUGUAUGCAUCAUCUUGGAAGCACGACCUGGUAUUCAUGAACGUGCUAUUGUUGUGCGAUCAUGGGAGACUAACAUGCUACCUAGAAGGAUUCCUGAAGGAGAAUCCAACAUUUCCGACCCUUCUAUUGAGAAAUAUGGGUCAUAUGGAGGCUCUGAACGAGUUGAGAGUGGCUGGCUGGUUAGAGAUUCCGUUGUCCAGUUCCGCCUCUGUACCUCAAACUUGUACAACGACCCUGUGAUGCUUUUCAAAAGGAAGUACCAGGAUAAGAAGGUACGCAUCAAGGUGACACCAAAAGAGCUCCACAACAAUAGUCCAGGAGAUCCUCACAAUGGAGUUCCUGGGUCAGAAGAGAGCUCGGACUUUGACAUUUCCAACCUCCAGAUCGAUAGCAAACCCAUCUGGCCCAUCACGGAGGUGGCU